AUGAUCCAAGUCUUGCAGGUAGCUGCUGGCCUAAUACCAGCACCCUAUAUCAAGGAUGCUAUUGGGGUCGCUCUUGCCGUGAUCGGUGCAUGCGAAGAAAUUAUUUUUGUAGAACAGCAAGUCGGCGAGCUGAAGAAUCGUGUUUGCUGCCUCAUGAUUGCCAUCGUCAACACACUACAUCCGGAUAGCAGCGAUAUUGAACAAGUCAAAAGGGCAUCGGAAGACAUCAGAAGCGAAAUUGGGCAACUUGAAUCUGAUCUCAAGGAAAUCGUGAAGGACCUGAAUAGUAUCAAGAGUCAAAAUCCUUGGCUUUUGUUUUUCUUCAAAGAGUUGAAUAAGUCGAAGGUGGAUGCCUGUGCUCGGCGUCUUACGACGGCAUUGGAGCGAUUUAAUGUAUCACACGAUGUGCGCACUUCACAAUCUCUCCAAAACACUCAAAAGCGAUUGGACGAUAUAUAUGGGCUCGCCAAGCAGGUCGCGCAAAAUGUCGAAAACCUCGGCGUAAUGGUGGUGAACAGGUUUGACCAACUGACGGCCCUUAUCGGCGGCAAAAAAGUCCACGACGGCUCUGUUGUCUUGGUUCGACAAACGAUGCCUCCAAAGCCCCGCAUCCUAUAUGGGCGUGAUGAUUUUGUGAAAGAUGUUGGUCGUCUUCUAGCCAACGACGAGACGUCACGAGUGUGCAUUCUGGGGCCCGGCGGUAUGGGAAAAACUUGCGUCGCACUUGCUGCUAUGGAAGAUAGCUCCAUAAUCCAGAAAUUUCCAAAGUCAAAUCGGUUCUGGGUGCCUUGCGUGGAAGCAACAUCGGCGGACUCCCUCAUCCAUAUUCUGUAUUCCUCCCUUCGUAUUACAAGGGAUACCAAAGUUCCCAUGGACGACAUUCUAAGUGAAUUAUCCGCAACGGACGAUCCUCGCCUCAUACUUUUCGACAAUUUCGAAACUUCUAGCCACAUACCAGAUGUCAUCCGGAUACUGGUACAACUUGCAGCUCUGCCCCACGUUGCCAUCCUUAUCACCAUGAGGGGGACAGCUCCAACCCACGAGGUUAAAUGGGAAAUUAAGGAUCUCCCACCUGUCGAUAUAGAUGCCUGCUGUUCAAUCUUCACAACCAUUUGCCCCAGUGUAAAAGGCGAUCCAAACCUCGAAGGUCUCAUCAAAGCACUUUACUGCAUGCCCUUUGCGGUAACUCUCAUGGCAUCCCUUGGCAAUGAAUUACAGCUCACCGCAGGGGAUCUGCUGCAAGAAUGGCACCGUGUCGGAACAGGGAUGAUUUCACAUUCCUUAUUUCGUGAGGGCAGCAUGGACAAGAGUAUCAGUUUAUCUGUUGACAGCAGGUUGGUCGCACAGAAUCCUGAUGCCUUGACCCUACUUGCCGUACUCUCCCUGUUGCCGGCAGGGACGACCAACAAGAACCUAGAUUGGUGGGUGCCCACUCUAAAAUCGAAACUUGGGGCACUCGCAACUCUCAGGAAGGCAGCCCUGAUCAUCGACCUCAAACCGGAUCCCAAGGAAGAGUCAGUCUUCUUUGUUCUGCCCGUGGUUCAAUCCUACAUGAAACAUGGCAAGCGCAUCCCGCAGGAUGUGCAAAACACCGUUCGAUCUGCUUUCUAUAAAUUCAUCGCGAAACACAGCUCUGUUCCUGGGCAGGCUUCAUUUCACGACGACGCUGCUGCUCUGGCCAGCGAGGAGACCAACAUCCAGGCUAUCCUGCUUGAAGCAACCGCUGCGGCUGCUGAAGGGCAGACCUCGAGUUACACCGAAGACGAAACGAGUAAACCACAAGUGCAAACAAGUAUAGAUGCGCUUGAUGCCCUAGUAGCAUUCAGCUGGUAUCUGCAGUUCACGCAAACCGUCACAGAGUUUGCCGAGCACACCAUCAAAGUUGCUCGUGCUGCAAGACAGAAUCGACACAUCGCAGAAGCUCUUUUCUGUCUAGGAUGCUUGAAUGAGAAAAAAAGUCGUUACGAAUUAGCAAGUUUUUAUCUGGAUGCAGCUCGCAAAGAAUUUCGAGCUUUGUCUACACCUGCUGGCUAUCUUCGUGCAGGCGAAUGCGGCGUCAUAUCGGUCGAUGUUGAUAUGUUCCUGAGUGCGACUAGCACAGUGAUCCUCAAGGACGCAAGAGAGGCGGAAGCGGAUUUCAAGAUGAGCGGUGACACAUCUGGGGUCACCCGUGGUAAAGUGGCGAUGGGCCACGCCCAUUUCCACAUAUCGGAGCAUGAGAAAUCGUUGAAAUGUCUUUUUGAGGCAAAGAAAAAACUAGAGAAAGAUAGGCGUUCAACCUCAGAGCUCGCCCGUUGCAUUCAUCUUAUCGCCCGAAACUAUCAAUACGUAGACCGAUACUCCGAUUCAGUGGAAAUGGCGAGGGAGGGGGAGAAGGUGGCAGAGGCGGCUGGUGAUGAAGAACAAUUAUGCCGAAUUCGUACCACCAUGGCUCGUUCCCUCUGCCAUUGUGAUAAAGAUGACGAGGCCCUGGAAGUCAUCGAACGGACAUUGCCGUUUGCUCAACGACAAGGGCCGCACCGAGUUGCGCUUUUGCUGGAUCGCUUCGCUGCCAUCUGCGAACGAAAGAAAGAUUAUCCUGCGGCGAUCAAAGCCUUCGAAGAAGCAGCAAAUAAUUUUGCCAUUGUCAAUACCUCUCAUACAAUGAGUCGCCGAAGGUUUUGCUUGGGGAAGGUUGACCGUCUGAAGCAGCUGGAAGCAGCUUCUCGUGUAGAGGAGACGGUUCCUCCUCAACCGUCUGAGUAA